UAUUCAAAAGUCCAACAUAUUCGUUUCAAACCCAAGUUAGACAGUGCCAUCACUCAGGAGACAUCACUCCACCCAUCUAGUCAAAAUGAAAGUGUUCUUCGCAGUAGUUCUUCUGGUAGCUGCCGUGUCUUGCGCCCCUCAGGAUCCCAACGCAACCCCGGUGCCAAUUGUGUCGCAGACUUCCAAUCUCAACCCGGAUGGAUCGUUCCAAUACUCUUACGAAUCGGGCAAUGGUAUCAAGGUGGAAGACCAGGGAGAGCUGAAGGUCGUGGAAGUACCCAAAGAGGACGGUACCGGAACCGAGCAGGCUCAAGUUUCGGUCCAGAAGGGCAGCUACUCGUACAACGCUCCCGAUGGAACGCCAAUCACCCUGCAGUGGACUGCUGACGAGAAUGGAUUCCACGCCACCGGUGACCAUUUGCCAGUUGCCCCGGUUGCAAAUGCUUAGGCGCUUAGCUUGGGAGUGAUUGUGAAAAGUGUGAUGAUCGUCAAUGAUAUUUUUGUAUUAUGUUUCAAAUGUAAAUAAAUCAAGAUGUUUUCAAAAAA